AUGGUUGAUGUCGACGAAACUAUCAAACGGAUCCAGUCACAGAAGGGAGUUCUGGGUGUUUUGAUUAUGGAUGUUUGUGGUGAGUGUUUAUUGAUGUUUUUAUUGUACUUUAGGUUGAGCACUUAACAGAAUUUUGCGGUUUAUGUAUUAUGUAAAUUAUGUAUAGCUUAACAUCGUUUAGGUCGUCCAAUCCGAUCAACGUUUGACGACGAAUCAACAGCACAGUACGCUGACCGUUUGCACGAACUGUGUGAAAAGUCGAGGAACGUUGUGAAAGACCUCGACCAGACUAAUGAUUUGUCUUUCUUGAGGAUGAGGACUAAAAACAACGAGAUUAUCAUAGCGCCGGACAGGGAUUAUCUGAUAGCAGUUGUGUCCAACAAGUCAACCUGA